CCACUGAGCACCUUCCCAGGAAUUGAGAAGUUUAUGGGCCGCUACCUCCACAGCCGAGACUACAAGGACUCUCGAGAUUUCACGGACAAGAGGGUUGUUGUCAUCGGGAUUGGGAAUUCGGGGUCGGACCUGGCUGUGGAGAUCAGCCAUACAGCCAAGCAGGUCUUUCUCAGCACCCGCCGGGGCGCGUGGAUCUUCAACCGCGUUGGAGACCAAGGCUACCCCCUUGACACCGUCUUUACCACCCGCAUAAAGGUCUUUCUGCAGCAGCUGCUGAGCUCAUCUCUGGUGUGUGACUACGUGGAGAAACAGCUGAAUGCCAGGUUCAACCACUCACACUAUGGCUUGAAGCCACAGCACAGGGUCUUUGACCAGCACCCAACCAUCAAUGACGACCUGCCCAACCGCAUCAUUUCGGGCAGGGUGCAGGUGAAGCCAAACAUCCAGGAGUUCACGGAGACAUGUGCCAUCUUUGAGGAUGGCACCAGGGAAGAUGUCGAUGCUGUGGUCUUUGCCACAGGAUACAGCUUCUCCUUCCCCUUCCUUGAGGGCUGUGUGAAAGUGGUGGAGAACCAGAUCCCCCUCUACAAAUACGUGUUUCCCCCUGACCUGGAGAAGCCGACGCUGGCUUUUAUUGGCCUCAUCCAGCCCUUGGGUGCCAUCAUGCCCAUCUCUGAGCUCCAGUGUCGCUGGGCCACUCGCGUCUUCAAGGGGCUGAACGAGCUGCCCUCACGGCAUGACAUGGAGGCUGACAUCACGCAGAAGAAAGAAGCGAUGGCAAAGCGGUAA